UUUUUCUUUAUCACUUUAGCGCCCUCUGUUGUUUCCGCCUUUAUUUGGAUUGCUUCCACGCAUGCGCCAUCCAGAGACAGUGACGGCUUUUUUCAGUAGUAGAGCUACUGCUUAUUCAAGAUGCGUCUUUGGUCCUCUGGCCUCAUGACUCGGGUCUUUGUUUACGGCACUCUGAAGAAGGGGCAGCCCAACAACUACCGCAUGUUUGACAGCAACAAUGGAAAGGCCGAGUACCUGGGUUCGGCGUUCACCAUUCAGAAAUACCCACUAGUGAUCACCACCGAGUACAACAUCCCUUUCCUUCUCGACAUCCCUGGCCAGGGUCACCGAGUGCACGGGGAGAUCUACAAAGUGGAUGACCAGAUGCUGAAAUUCCUGGACGACUUUGAAAGCGUCCCAACUAUGUACCAGCGGACGGUGGUCCAGCUGGAGGUGAAGGAGUGGGUGGGGAAGAUGGAAGGAGAGGAGAUGCUGUCACCGGGUAGCAUCACGGAAGUGUUUGUGUACACCACCACGACGUACAAGCCAGACUGGCCCUCACUGCCGUGCUACGAGAGCUAUGACGCAGAGGGAGAUCACGGUCUCAAAUAUAAGCGUAGAGAAGAGCGGGACUGAUCUCACCGUGCUGAUGCAACUGACAAAUGGACCUCUACCUGGUAUUAGCAGAAUAGGUGGAGAAGCUCUCGGGAAAACAACACCUGGACAUGGGUGCUGUUUCCUGUCGUGUGUGGAAUUGAAAGAAAUCACAAGACAAAUACAUUUUAAUAGCAGAUAGCCAGGCGUACAAUCAAAAUAAGGAUAGUGUAGAGAAGGAAAAGGGCACACUGUGCCACUGAAAGUUGCACAUUAAUAAUGUUGUUUACAAAUUUGUUUUUAUUUUUAUGAUUUAUAAUCAUCUGGGAAGCAUUAUGAUCAAACUGGAAAGCUUUUUUUUGGCGUUUUGCUGUAACAUGAAUUAUAUCUUUAACGCUAAAUAUUUUGGUUGGAUGUCUGCUAUGACACUACCGGUUUAAACGCUAAACACAUGCACUUUUAAUAAUGCAAAGAUACAGCACGUACUGUAGUCUUAUAUGCAAAUCCUUUCACAUGUUGUGAAUUGCUGCACUGUAAACAUGGGUACUGGCCACCUAGUUUCUCACUAAUGUGAAAAUAUUAAUAGAAAAGCGGAUCUGCAGUUCAAUAAUUGCACAUGUAUAGUAAAUAUAAGCUGUAGGGGCAGCGUUCUCUGAACCACGUGCACCCAUUUGUCAGCUUCCUCUUUCAAUGUAAAAGCAUCAUUUUAGAAACAGACAAACCUCCAUGUCCCUGAGAAAAUCACUCCAGCCUGAUGCUGUGCACUACCGUUAACUUCCAGGUGAAGCUAAUGUACAAGUCCCUUGAACCUGCAUUCUUUUGUAUGGCCAGCCUGUGUGCUUCAUAAAAAAGUGAUUGCAUAGAAGUCUGGGAGGAAAUGACUGAUGAAUGUGUGAUGUCAUUGCCAUUAAACAAAACGCAUUGUGGCAUUUGAUACCCCUGCUCUUAUCAGUGCUAUCAAACAGAAGGUCCAGGAGCCAGAUUCAGCCUAGCAAAGGCUUCCAAUUUGACCCACUGUGGGGGGGGGGGCUUUGGAAAUUUUUACAGCUUUUCACACUGAUAAAGAUCUCAGAUUUUUAAAAUUUCUUUUCAUUUACUACAGUAGAAAAAAUGAUUUGCACUAUAAAUGUGUAGUUAAAUGUGUUUAUACUGACAGAAAGGAGAUUUUCACUGAGUUUGACACCCUAGGCUUGGAGCAUUUAUAGUAGUACACAGAUAUGAACUCUGAUUUUACACUAAUCUGCAGACAAUGUGUUUAAUAUUUACAUUCCGCACAUCUUUGUUCACCUCGAAAAUAAAAAUUCACCCUGAUAUUUUUUUUAUGAUCUUCCAUGUGCUGUGUUCAUCCCCUCUAGGGGAUAAACUCAA